AUGGCAACAGACGAUUCUUGGAAAACGCCACAUUUUCGUCAGAGUGUAGUCGCGAAAAUUGAUGAAGCAAUACAAGUAUCUGGCAUGCCUACGACAAAGAAUAGCAUUGAAAUGGAGAAUCAUGUCUUUCAAAAAGCUAAAUCUAAGGAAGAAUACUUGGGUUUUGUUGCCAGAUUGAUUCUUCAUGUCAGAGAAAUGAAUUCUAAAAAGAGUGCAACUGGUAAUGCACCAGGUACUGCUGGUACUAAUAAUCAAGGCAUGCCUGAUCCAAUUGGUGCUCUUCAGACAUUAGCACGUCAGGGCACGGGAAAUAAUCAAAUGAUGAGCAUGGGAGGUCCUAAUCAUCAGGGUAUAAUCUCGCAACCACCUACAAAUACUGCAACUAAUCUUUUGCAAAGUUUAAAUCAACGACCUGCCCAACCAAUAAAUAUGCCUGGUAUACAAAACAAGAUGCCAGGUAUGGGUAUGAUGCCGUCACAAACUGGUGGUCCAAUGAAUCACUUGGGUCCCAUUCAGAGUAUGCAAAAUAAUCCUAUGCUGACUCAAAUGAAUCAGAUGGGACAAGGAAAUAUUCCUCCACAAAUGAAUCAAAUGGUGCCUGGACAAAUGGGACAAUUAGGCGCUGGACAGAUGCAACAAAAUAUGCAGUCCCAGAUGCAGACUCAACUACCAGGUCAAAUGAAUAAUCAAAUUACGGGACCAAUAGGCAAUAUACAGACUAGUAUAUCGCAGCAAAUGAAUCAAAUUGGUCCUGGACAAUUAGGCCCUGGUCAGAUGCAACAGCAGUUAAAUCAUAUUCAAAGAAAACCAAGUGAAAUGAUGAAUACUGGAUUUCCUGGUCCACGUAACGUUACACCUAAUCAAUUCUUGAGACAGAGUCCAUCUCCUUCAGCUCCAAGCCCAGCUGGAUUGGGAGCACCGUCGAGUAAUCAAAUGGUAGCCUCACCUGCUCUAGUGCCAUCACCAAGUCCUCAGCAUGCCAUUAUGACAGGACCAACUCGAUCCGUGAAUUCCGUAGGUAUGGCACCAUCUCCAAGCAGUUCAUUAAAUACUCCCGGAGGUGUAGGAGCUACACCAAGUCCUCAGCAAGAAGAUCAGGCUUACAGAGACAAAGUUAGACAGUUGAGCAAAUAUAUAGAACCAUUACGAAGAAUGAUCGCCAAGAUGAGCUGCGAAGGAAAUGUUGAUAAACUGAGUAAAAUGAAAAAACUCUUGGAAAUUCUAUCAAAUCCCAGUAAACGUAUGCCGUUGGAUACGUUGCUAAAAUGUGAAGUUGUCUUGGAAAAAUUUAAUUUUAAGAGAGGAGACGGUAGUGUGGGACCGCCAGUAACAACAUUGAAGGAGCAUCAAAUUUUCAGUCCACUAUUAGAAGCCGUAAGCGCACAUCUCCAAAGUCCGGUGAUCAAUCACACAUUACAACGCACUUUUGGACCAUGUUUGGAUGCAUUAUUUGGACCAGAGAUAAAAAAUUUGCCACCACCUUUGAAGAAGCAAAAAAUAGAGGAAUCAUCUAGCGAAAUACCAGACGUAUUACAAGGAGAAAUAGCUAGAUUGGACCAACGAUUUAAAGUCAGUCUAGAUCCAGCACAACAAAGUGGAUCGAGAUGCAUACAAUUGAUAUGUUGGCUUGACGAUCGUCAUCUUCCAUGCGUUCCACCGAUCUCAGUUACAGUUCCCGCAGACUAUCCUUCAACACCGCCUCGUUGCGUCAUGGCACCGCAUGAAUACGAAGCAACGACAUUUCUGUGUGCCGUACAAAAGGCCCUGAACAUCCGCAUCGCGAAAUUGCCGCGCCGUUUCUCUCUUUCUCAAUUAUUGGACACAUGGGAAAUGAGUGUACGACAAGCCAGUGCACCAAAGGAAAUGUCUAUUACUGCCAGUACAGUCUUGAUGGGUUUAUAGUACAAAUCGCGUAAACAUCUGAUAACAUUAAAAAUGAAUUGGUUAAUGAUAGUCAAAAACAUUAGACAAUAACAUAAGCAAUAGCAAAUAAAAAAUAUUGAUUUGCUUUCUAUAUAUCAAUGGUCUUAUGUAACAUGCUUAUUGCAAGCAAAAAUACUCAUAAAUACUACGAAAAUCUAUAUAUUAUAAUAUUGUAAUGAAAUAAGCAUACACUCUUCAAAAAUCCAUAUUAUAACUUUCUUUCGUUAAUAUCUGUAAUAUUAAUCACAGAUCUAAUUCCU